AUGGGCUCGAUGGCAUACUAUGAGACACACCGUGGAAAUGAAAAUCAAGAGUUUCUACUACGCACGAUUCUCUCUUACUUCAUGCUUGCCAAAGAUCUGUCGAUGGCCACACCAAUUUCCAGCUAUAAAACGGUGCUAUCGAACCUCGGAGCCUAUCCACUGGACAUGACCAUUAAAGCAUUGUUGGCAGACAAUAGCAAUGCCGAUGAUAUCACCGUACUGUACCAACAGCAAUUCCAAAAGGAAAUGCAACAACAACAACAGAUUUCCGGUCGCCAAACCCCGAUUGAACCACUUAGAAAAAUCCUAAACAAUGUGGUUAUCAGAAAGAUAGUGUUCACCCAAAUCAAGACUAUUCAUCUUAGAAUCGGAGCAAAGAAAUUUGGAAACGAUGAUUACCAUCUACUUUACAAUGGUUAUUAUACCGACUUUUCAAAGAGAGUGGCCAACGGUGAGAAUGUAGUCGUUUCCACUGGACACCCUGGAUUCUAUAUGUUUAUUCGUAUGUGUCAGGACAGAGAACUGGUCAGACAUGUUCUACACCACAUUGUCAAUCAUGAUAACGAUGCACCAUUUCAACGUAUUCUAGAUCAAUGUUGUAUAGUUGGUGAUUUCGAAACCAUUCAAUGGAUAUUUAAAGUAAAGAAAAUAUUACCAUCUGUUGUUGGAUUAAGAUAUUCAGCUUUAUUUGGACAUCUUUCUAUUUUAUCAUUCAUGAUCGAUAGGUUGAUAUAUGAUUCAAAGUCUAAUUGGGAUGAGGACGAAAAGAAUCAUUUAAUCAACCUUACCAUUCAAUUUAAUCGAUUCGAUGUCAAAGGUUACUUACAGCACUUCCUCAAAAAGAAAGCAAACAUAUCAGUUCUUAAAAGAGUAAAGUUUUUUUUUAAAUCCUCCAAUACCAGAAGAGCACUAUCCAAUCUCAAAAAGAACACGGAAAUUCCAAGUUUUAAACAUCGACCACAACGGACUGCUAUUGUCAGAGGUGAUAAUACAGUUGUAAUUUAA